CACACACACACCCUCCCUCCAGUGGGCGGGUCUCUUUUCUCUCUCGGAUGUGGAUUGUCGGAUGAUUGGGCUGCAGCGGACUGAUCUGCAAUCAGACAUGGAGGUCAGUGAGUCUCAGCAGGAUCGACUGCAGCUCCUUGCAGAGAAGAGGAAGUGGCAGACAGAGAUCGAGAACAAGAAGCGUCAACUGGAGGACGACAAGAGAGCUCUGCAGCACCUGAAGUCGAAGGCUCUGAGGGAGCGCUGGCUGCUGGACGGAGCGCCCUCUGCUGGACCGGAGCAGGACGAUGUCAGGAGACAGCUGGAGCAGGAUGAGGCCAAGACCAGGACCCUGGAGGACACCAUCAACAGGCUGGAGGACGAGCUGUUCACUCUGGAGACUGGAGGUGUGUGUCAGACCAUCACACACACCGCUGUGAGUACGCAGCAGGAGUCCUCAGGAUCAGUUAGAGCUGUAGAGGUCAAAGGUCACAUCAGCUGCCACCCGGACAGAGCUGCAGCGCCCGCUCCGAUAGUUAAAGAGGUCAAAGUUCACAAAAGUCCUCGAAUGAACAAACCGAGAGCGGCGGCGGAUGAGAUGAAGAAAGCCAUGUACUCGGUGGAGAUUAAAGUAGAGCGGGACAAUGUGACGGGGGAGACGAGGGUUCUGUCUACUAACACCACACUUCCUGUUGACCUCUCUCACCAAGGGGUCAAAGUUUACGAGGACGAGAAGAAAGUGGUCCACGAGAUGAACGGGGAAGAUGGCGUCCAGCUGCUCAGCUCCUCCGAGGUCGAAGAGCUCAUCCACAAGGCCGACGAGGCCUCGAUGAUGUCACAGACUGUCGCCACGGUGACCUCUCUCCCAACAGCGGAGGUCCAGGACGACCCGAGUCCCGAGCCCCUCCUGGCAGAGAUCACCGGGCUGGAGGCCAAACCGGGUGGCGAGCCGAGCGUGGGCGAGGCCAGUGCCGAGAACCCCGUCACCAUGGUGUUCAUGGGAUACCAGAGCGUGGAGGACGAGGACGAGACCAAGAGGGUCCUGGGUCUGCAGGGAACGGUGAAGGCAGAGCUGGUGCUCAUCGAGGACGCCAACGGGAAAACAUCUCCGGGCGGAGGGCCAGAGGAGAGCGCCAGUGCUCAGACUCCAGCUCCUCCUCCUGCCGCCUCCCCUGUCCCGCCCCCUACCACCAAACCUCUGGAGCCAGCAGCUGCCAGCAACGGAGAGACGGCAGAGGAGGUGAAGGAGGUGAAGGGAGGAGUGGCAGAGAUAAAGAAGAAGCAGCCAUGUAAGUGCUGCACCAUCAUGUGAUCCUGCAGGGGGCGCUGCUUCCAAAUAUCCUCCAUCUAAGAAUAAGGACGGAGACUUUCAGGACUUAACUCCACCCACUGCCUCAGCCUUGCCUCUAACAACAUGACAUCAUUUCCUGUUUCUUCAUUCUCCUCUGUUUUAUAAAACCUUUCUUUACUUUUUCUAUUUCCUUGAAGCUUUUUACUUUUGUACUCCAUGUUUCCAGCUGUGACGCCUCGAUGCAUCUGAUUAGCUUAGCAUUAGCUCAGCCUAGCAUUAGCACUAGCAUUAGCCAUGCAGUCCUGAGAUUUGUAACAAUAACCGCCUCUCUUUGGGUGCGUUCGUAAAUCCAAUCUGACGCUCAAAGAUUAGAGCGCUGUUGUCUGAAGAAACGGAGCGUUCAAUUUCAACGUGAAUUAAGGAACGCAACAUUUACGCCACUCUGAGGCUCCGCCCCCUCAGUGUUCACAGUAAUUUUACACUCUGACGCUCCGUCUCCUCACAGUAACUUAAAGAUUUGGCGCUCCCUCUACGCUCUGACGCUCCGUCUCCUCACAGUAACUUAACGCUUUGGCGCUCCGUCUCCUCACAGCAACUUAAAGAUUUGACGCUCCGUCUCCUCACAGUAACUUAAAGAUUUGGCGCUCCGUCUACGCUCUGACUCUCCGUCUCCUCACAGUAACUUAACACUUUGAUCCUCCGUCUCCUCACGGUGUUGCCAGUAACUUUAUGCUCUGACACUCCAUCUCGCACAGUAACUUAAUGCUUUUACACUAUGUCUCUUCAGAGUGUUCAGAUCAACUUUACACUCUGAUGCUCCGUCUCAUCAGAGUGUUCACAGUAACUUUAUGCUCUGACAUCCAUCUCAACAGUGUUCACAGUAACUUUACACUCUGAUGCUCCGUCUCCUCACUGUAACUUAACUAUUUACCGAUCCGUCUAUGCUCUGAUGCUCCGUCUCAUCAAAGUGUUGCCAGUAACUUUAUGCUCUGACGCUCCGUCUCCUCACAGUAACUUAACAAUUUCAUGCUCCGUCUCCUCAGAGUGUUCACACUAACUUUGCAAUCUUGACGCGCUGUCUUCUCACAGUAACUUUACGCUCUGAUGCCCUCAAAGAGUGGCGCUCUGAAGAACCGAACGGUACAUUCCAGCAGCACUCCUGAUUUAAGAACGAUCCAGUUUGUGCCAGAGUGCGCUCCUCCACUCGGAGUGACUAUUUACGAACGCACCCUGUUAAAGCUCUGUGACAUAAAACAGUGAAUUAAUUUUAGAAUGUAUUUAUUUGAUUUUGUAAAUUUCUCCUGCAGAGUUCCUGUUUGUUGGAGAGUUUCAGCUUUUUGGGUUUUUAAAAGAAAAUAAAAUUGAGUCGACUCAGAGCUGAACACAAGAAA